AUGCCGACGCGGGCGCCCUGGGGGGCGCUCUCCGUGGUGCUGAUUCUGGUCUGGGGACAUCCGCGAUCAGCAAAGGCCUGUCCCCUCCCUUGUGCCUGCUAUGUUCCCAGCGAGGUCCACUGCACGUUUCGAUCCUUGUCUGCUGUGCCUGCUGGGAUUUCGAAACAUGUGGAAAGAAUCAAUUUGGGGUUUAAUAGCAUACAGACCCUUUCAGAAACCUCAUUUGUGGGACUGACCAAGUUGCAGCUUCUUAUGGUUCAUGGUAAUGAGAUCCCGAACAUCCCUGACGGGGCUUUAAGAGACCUCAGUUCCCUCCAGGUUUUCAAGUUCAGCUAUAAUAAGCUGAGGGUAAUAACAGCACAGACCCUCCGGGGACUCUCAAACUUAAUAAGAGUACACAUUGACCACAACAAGAUCGAGUUUAUCCACCCGCAAGCCUUCAGUGGCUUAACAUCCCUGCGGCUUCUGCACCUGGAAGGAAACCUUCUCCAGCAGCUCCACCCUGGCACCUUCUCCACCUUCACGUUUCUGGAUUAUUUCAGACUCUCCACCAUCAGACACCUAUACCUAGCGGAGAAUAUGCUCACAACUCUUCCUGCCGGCAUGCUUCAGAACAUGCCACUUCUGGAGAAUCUUUACCUGCACGGAAAUCCGUGGUCUUGUGAUUGUGAAAUGAGGUCGUUUCUGGAAUGGGAUGCAAAAUCCAGAGGGAUUCUGAAAUGCAAGAAGGACAAAGCCUAUGAAGGUGGGCAGUUGUGUGCCAUAUGCUCCAGUCCCAAGAAGUUGCACAAGCAAGAGAUUCACAAGCUGAAGGACGUCACUUGUCUGAAGCCUUCCAUUGAGUCUCCUCUGAGACAGAACAGGAGCAGGAGUAGCGAGGAGGAGCAGGAACCAGAAGAGGACAGUGAUAACCAGCUCAGCCUAGAUGGGCUCCACCUACCCCCAUGGAACAUCUCUUUGAAUAUGACUGAUGAGCACGGGAACAUGGUGAACUUGGCCUGCAACAUCAAGAAGCCCACGGAUGUGUACAAAAUUCACUUGAACCAGACGGAUCCUCCAGAGAUUGAUAUAAAUGCAACAGUCGCCUUGGACUUUGAGUGUCCCAUGACUCGGGAAAACUACGAAAAACUGUGGAAAUUGAUAGCCUAUUACAGUGAGGUCCCAGUUAAGCUUCACCAAGAAAUCAUGCUCAGCAAAGACCCCAGAGUCAGCUACCAGUACAGGCAAGAUGUAGAUGAGGAUGCGCUUUACUACACAGGCGUCAAAGCCCAGAUUCUUGCAGAACCAGAAUGGAUCAUGCAGCCGUCCAUUGAUAUCCAACUGAAUCGGCGUCAGAGUACAGCCAAAAAAGUGCUACUCUCCUAUUAUGCCCAGUUUUCUCAAACCAUGUCCAUCAAAGAUAUGAGGGAGGCUCAGAGCAGAAGCUGGGUCAUGAUUGAGCCAAGUGCAGCUGUACAAAGAGCUCAGACUGUCUUGGAAGGGAGUCCCUGCCAGCUGAGCUGUAAUGUGAAAGCUUCUGAGAGUCCAUCCAUCUUCUGGGUGCUUCCAGAUGGCUCCAUUCUGAAAGCACCCUUGGAUGACCAGGACAGCAAGUUCUCUGUCCUCAGCAGUGGCUGGCUGAAGAUCAAAUCAAUGGAGCUGUCUGACUCUGGUUUGUACCAGUGCAUUGCUCAGGUGAGGGAUGACGUGGACCGAAUGCUGUACAGGGUGCUUGUGCAGGCACCUACCACUCAGUCCCCUGAGAGAUAUACUGUGACAAUUGACAAGGAUUUAGGAGAGACAGUGAUGUUGCCUUGCAGUGCGUUGGCAAUACCUGAAGCCCACCUUAGCUGGAUUCUUCCAAACAAAAGAAUAGUUAAUGAUUUGGCUAACACAUCACAUGCAUAUAUAUUGGCAAAUGGAACUCUUUCCAUCCCAAAGGUCCAAGUUGGUGACAAUGGUUACUACAGAUGUGUGGCUGUCAACCAGCAAGGGGCAGACCAUUUUACCGUGGGAGUCACAGUGAGUAAGAAAGGAUCUGGCAGAUCAUCCAAAAGAGGGAGACGUCCAGGCGCAAAGAAUCUCUCAAGAGCAAGAGGAGACAUUGCAGAGGAUGAAGGGGGCUCAGGCAUAGGAGAUGAAGAUAACACCGCAAGAAGAGUUCUUCAUCCAAAGGACCAAGAGGUGUUCAUCAAAACAAAGGAAGAUGCUGUCACUGGAGAUAAGAAAGCCAAGAAAGGGCGAAGAAAACCAAAACUCUGGAAGCAUCCUGAAAAAGAACCAGAGACCAAUGUUGCAGAAGGUCGCAGAGUGUUUGAGUCCAGGAGAAGGGUAAAUGUGGCAAAUAAACAGAUCAACCCAGAGCGCUGGGCAGAUAUUUUAGCCAGAGUACGUGGGAAAAAUAUCCCUAAGGGCACCCAAGUACCACAGGUCAUUCAAACCACGACACCUCCAUCCAUGAGUCUACAAGUGACACCUCUUUCACCCGCUGUUUACCCCCCUUCUGUAUCUCCCAUGCAAACAGCAACCAGUGCUGAAGAAUCCUCAGCCGACAUGUCUCUCUUUGGAGAGGAAGAACAGGUUUUGAGUACUGUUUCUUCCACCAGGGUGGGACUAGAGCACCACCACCGUGGAGUUAUUCUUGCUGAAUCCAAAGGAACAAGCACACAUCCGGAAGAAGACACUGAUGAGUUUUCUGAGAAGACUGAGGAUGUAACUUCUACCAAAGUUGACAGGAAGUGGGUGACAGCCACUACACAGCUGUCUGAGCCUUAUGAAGUAUCUCCUACUCUACGUACCCUGGACACAGUCUACGAAGAGCUCAGCAGUGAAGAGACAGCAACCGAGGGUUGGUCUUCAUCAGUAGCUGUUGGGUCUGUGCCACUGCCCACAUCAAAUGAGCGUGAACCUCCCCUAGAUGCUAUCUCCUUGGCAGAAUCUGAGACUAUUCAAUACUUUUACCCAGAUUUGGAGACAAAUUCACAACCAGAUGGGGACAAGAUGAACGAACAGACCUCUGCACACUUGACUCCAACCCCCACUGUCAGGGUUACCGACUCCAGUACAUCCCAGUCAUCUCAAGUUCCCACUUUAGGGGAACCACAUGUCCCAGACCUAUCACAUCGACAAACACAGACAGACAACACGCAGAUUGUGAAGAGUGGCUCAGGUACUCAAGGCACCCUGCUGACUAAAGAGGGCCUGGAGGAGAAAUAUCAGAUGCCAUGGGAAGAAUAUACGCAAGAGAGGGACUCCACAAUUUUUGGAAGUUCUGAGAGGGAGGGGCAAGACACCAAGUCUGUCACCGUGCCUGACUCCACACUGGGACUGAUGAGCGACAUCUCUGCAUUUAAGCAUCCCGGGGAAACCACACUUGGCACUCUCUUGGACCGGGAGUCGACCACGGCAGCAAUGACCACACCAAGCCAAAAGGCUGCCUCACCAUCAGCACUGGUUGCUCACCCUUCUCGGAGAAGGCCCAGUGGAAGGAGGAGAUUACACCCGCACAAAUUCCAUCACCGGCAUAAGCAAAACCCACCGACAGCUCUUGCCCCAACAGAGACUUUUCCUUCUCAACCAACUCAAGUACCUGAAAUGAAGAUUCCAAACCAAGUGGAGAGUUCACUGGUUCCUACAUCUUGGGUUGAUGACACAGUUAAUAUCCCAAAACAAGUGGACGUAGAAAAGCAUGCAGAACCUGUAUCCAAGGGAACCCCACGAAGGAAACACAGGAAGAGGCCUAACAAACAACGGCAUGGCACUUCUACAGCGAGCUCAAGAGUGUCUGCGACGGAGCCGAGCCUCUCUCCAGAAAAGAAACAUGGAGAUGUUAUUACUCCCAGUUCAGGAACUGUACUCUUGCCUGGGACUGUUUCUCUGAAUACGAGGGACACAUACGAGGCAACUACAGUUGAAGACGUCAUGACAACCACAACAAAAAUGGAUUUAUCUCAUGAUAAAGUCCAAGAGACAAUCCCAGUCACAUAUAAACCUGCAUCAGAAGGAAAGGAAGUGAAGGAUUUUGGUGUCUCAAACCUCAAUGCCUAUGCAAUGGGCACUUUAGAUCCUGGUGAGUCAGUCAUUAAUGUUGUACCAACUUCUGGCUCCUUGGUCUCCACUGUGGGAGAAUUUAAGGAAGAAUCAACUCCUUCAGAGUUUCCAGGAACUCCAAGCUGGGAUCCCCCAAGUACAGCCCAGUCUGGAAGGCUACAGACAGACACACCUGCUACCACCUUUUGGGAAAAUCCUACAGACCCAGCCCUUUUUAAAGAGCUGGAGGAUGUGGAUUUUACUUCUGAGUCUUCACCUUCUUUUGCAACAUCUACACUAUUUCAACAGGAGGAAGUUGGUGCCUUGACUACCCUCUCAAACAUAAAAGCAGAGUUGUCCUCAAGUCAGGCAGAAAGCACCCUCAGGGCUCAGGAUCACCGUGAAACCACUCUGGCUAAUAUGCAUUCUGAAACUAGACCACGGAACCACAUCCCUACACCUGCCCUGGUGGAGGAGACAACAUCCCCAUUUCCACCCACCACGCUUGUGUCUUUGGAACAAGCCACCACUAAGCCCACACUUCUUACUUCAACAACAUCUCCAACAUCAACAGAUUCCAGGGAAAAUGUUUUCUUGAAUUAUGUGGGGCACCCAGAAACCAAAGCACCACCAGUGAACAAUGAGGGAACUCGGCAUCAAUUCAGACCAAAUGAAUUAUCUACCCCAUCUUCCAACCAGGAUAAAUUUAACUCAUCUCCAAAGCAGGAGUUGGGGAAGGAAGUAUUUGAGAAUCGGACCAAAAACAGUCUACCACAUGGCCCAGAUAGUCACCACCAGAGUGGGAGAGUCCACGUUCCUCACCAACCGGCCAGAGUCCCUGCCAAACCUAUCCCACCGAGGGGGACAGUGAGGCCACCACAUAUGGCCACACAAAGCCCCUUCAGAUACAUUGCAACUUUCCAGCCACCUCGUCACUUGACCAACAAGCCAGAAAUCACUGCGUAUCCUUCAAGGGUUUUGCCAGAGAACAAACACAUUACAACUGCAAAAUUAUCAAGUAUGACAACUGCUGUUCCAUUACACAUGUCCAGAUCCAGCAUUCCUAGUAAGUCUACUGACCAAAGAGCUGACCACCUCAAUGGCUACUCCAAAGUGUUUGGGAAUAAUAACAUCCCUGAGCUAAGAAACCCAGCUGGCAAGCUUCCAAGUUCAAGAGUUCCUCAUUAUUCCAAUGGAAGAUUCCCUUUCUUUAUCAACAGGACCCUCUCUUUCCCACAGUUGAAAGCCACCCUGAAGCCCCAGAUAUCCACCUCACCUGCCCCAGUUACAAGCGAGAAGAAAGUCUACCCAGGUCCCUACAAUAGGAUACAUUCCCAGAGCAUCAUUCACAUGGACUUUGGACCUCCAGCUCCUCCAGUCUUGCACACUCCCCAAACCACAGCAUCACCCUCUGCCAACUUACAGAAUAUCCCCCAGGUCUCUUCCACCCGGAGCUCCACCUCAUCCGUGACCUCGUCUAGCCAGUCUUCCAGAAACUUCCAUCAGGGCAGCUCAAAGCUCUUUGCUGGGGGACCGCCUGCAUCCAAAUUCUGGAUGCUUGGGGAAAAGCCCCAAAUUAUCACCAAGUCCCCACAGACCGUAUCUGUCACUGCCGAGACAGAUGUCGCGUUCCCCUGUGAAGCAACAGGAAAACCCAAGCCCUUCGUUACCUGGACGAAGGUUUCCACAGGAGCCCUCAUGACUCCUAACACCAGGAUACAACGGUUUGAAGUCCUCAAGAAUGGCACCCUACUCAUUCGAAAGGUGCAGGUGCAGGACCGUGGCCAAUACCUGUGCACAGCCAACAACCUGCACGGGGUGGACAGGAUGGUGGUGCUGUUGUCCGUCACGGUGCAACAGCCCCAGAUCCUAGCAUCCCACUACCAGGAUGUCACGGUCUACCUGGGUGACACCAUUGCAAUGGAGUGUCUGGCCAAGGGGACUCCCGCUCCUCAAAUUUCCUGGAUCUUCCCUGACAGGAGGGUGUGGCAGACCGUGUCCCCCGUAGAAGGCCGGAUCACGCUGCACGAAAACCGGACCCUGUCCAUCAAGGAGGCGUCCUUUGCAGACAGAGGUGUGUAUAAGUGCGUGGCCAGCAACGCAGCCGGGGCGGACAGCCUGGCCAUCCGCCUCCACGUGGCGGCCCUGCCCCCGGUCAUCCACCAGGAAAAGCUGGAGAACAUCUCUCUGCCCCCGGGGCUGAGCAUUCACAUACACUGCAGUGCCAAGGCCGCGCCCCUGCCCAGCGUGCGCUGGGUGCUCCGGGAUGGUACCCAGAUCCGCCCUUCGCAGUUCGUCCACGGGAACUUGUUCGUUUUCCCCAACGGCACCCUCUACAUCCGCAACCUGGCGCCCAAGGACAGCGGGCGCUACGAGUGCGUGGCCGCCAACCUGGUGGGCUCAGCGCGCAGGACGGUGCAGCUGACCGUGCAGCGCGCCGCGGCCAACGCGCGCAUCACCGGCACCUCUCCGCGGGGCACGGACGUCAAGUACGGAGGGACCCUGAGGCUGGACUGCAGCGCCUCGGGGGACCCCUGGCCACGCAUCCUCUGGAGGCUGCCGUCCAAGCGGAUGGUUGACGCGCUUUUCAGCUUUGAUACCAGAGUCAAGGUGUUCACCAACGGGACCCUGGUGGUGAAAUCGGUGACAGACAAAGACGCUGGGGAUUACCUGUGCGUGGCCCGGAAUAAGGUCGGUGACGACUACGUCGUGCUCAGGGUCAACGUGGUGAUGAAACCAGCCAAGAUCGAGCACAAAGAGGACAACGACCACCGGGUCUUCUACGGGGGUGACCUGAAAGUGGACUGCGUCGCCACCGGGCUCCCCAACCCGGAGAUCUCCUGGAGCCUUCCCGACGGGAGCCUCGUGAACUCCUUCAUGCAGUCGGACGACAGCGGGGGACGCAGCAAGCGCUAUGUCGUCUUCAACAACGGGACCCUCUACUUCAACGAGGUGGGGAUGAGGGAGGCAGGAGAUUACACCUGCUUCGCCGAAAACCAGGUCGGGAAGGACGAGAUGCGAGUGCGCGUCAAAGUGGUGGCCGGGCCCGCAGCCAUCCGCAACAAGACGUACUCCGUGGUGCAGGUGCCCUACGGGGACGUGGUCACCGUGGCCUGCCAAGGCCAAGGGGAACCCGUGCCCAGGGUCACUUGGCUGUCACCCACCAACAGGCUGAUCCCCGCGGCGUCCGACAAGUACCAGAUCUCUGGGGACGGCACGCUCCUGAUCCACAGAGCGCAGCGCUCGGACAGCGGCAACUACACCUGCCUGGUCAGGAACAGCGCGGGGGAGGACAGGAAGACGGUGUGGAUCCACGUGCACGUGCAGGCGCCCAAGAUCAACGGGAAGGCCGACAGCAUCACCACGGUGCGCGAGGUAGCGGCCGGAGGCAGUCGCAAAGUCAUCGACUGCAAGGCCGAGGGCGUCCCCACCCCGACCGUCCUGUGGGCUUUUCCGGACGGCGUGGUCCUGCCGGCCCCUUACUACGGAAACCGGGUCACCGUGCACCGCAACGGCACGCUGGACAUCCGGAGCCUGAGGAAGAGCGACUCGGUGCAGCUGGUGUGCAUGGCGCGCAACGAGGGCGGGGAGGCCCGGCUCAUCGUGCAGCUCACGGUGCUGGAGCCGGUGCACAAACCCGUGUUCCACGACCCCGUGAGCGAGAAGAUCACGGCCACGGCGGGACACACCAUCAGCCUCAACUGCUCCGCCGCGGGGACCCCGGCGCCCAGCCUGCUGUGGGUCCUGCCCAACGGCACGGAGCUGCGGAGCGGCCAGCAGGUGCAGCGCUUCUUGCACAAAAGCGACGGCAUGUUGCACAUCAGCGGGCUGUCGGCGGCGGACGCCGGGGCUUAUCGCUGCGUGGCGCGCAACGCGGCCGGCUACACGGAGAGGCUGGUGUCGCUGAAGGUGGGGCUGAAACCCGAGACGAGCCACCGCUAUCACAACCUGGUCACCAUCAUCAACGGGGAGACCCUGCAGCUGCACUGCGUCCCCCCGGGGGGGAGGCAGGGACGUUUCUCUUGGACUCUUCCCAACGGCCAGGUGUUGGAAGGUCCCCAAGCCCUGGCGCGCUUUGCCCUGUUGGAAAACGGCACCCUCACCGUGCGCGACACCUCGGUGUUCGACAGGGGGACGUACGUGUGCAGGAUGGAGACCGAGCACGGGCCUUCGGUCACCAGCGUCCCGGUGAUAGUCAUCGCUUAUCCGCCUCGGAUCACCAGCGAGCUCACACCGGUCAUCUACACCCGGCCGGGGAACACCGUGCAAAUAAACUGUAUGGCCAUGGGGAUUCCCAAAGCGCAGAUAACGUGGGAGCUGCCGGACAGAUCGCGGCUGUCGGCCGGAGCGCAGGCCCGCCUGUACGGAAACAGGUUCCUGCACCCGCAGGGCUCGUUGAGUAUCCAACACGCCACGCACAGGGACGUGGGCUUCUACAAGUGCACGGCCAAGAACAUCCUGGGCAGCGACACCAAAACGACUUAUGUCCACGUCUUCUGA